CUCCUCCCAAACCUCCGGAGUCGGGAAGGAGGUCCAGGUGGGAUCAGUCCCAGCAGAAAGAGGAGCAGAAAGAGGAGCAGAAGCAGCAGGAGGAGGAGAAGAAGAAGCAGGAGGACCCGCUGUCUGAGCUGCUCAGCGCCGCAAGAAACCAAACUGCAAACAGAGCUGAAGAUCCAGAGAGGAAGUCAAAGGACCCAGACGAGGAGGAAGAAGAAGGAGAGGAGGAAGAGGAGAGCCGGCCUCCAUUGGAUCUGUUUAAAGCCAUCUUCGCCAGCUCCUCUGACGAAUCCUCCUCUUCAUCAGAGGAAGAGGAGGAGGAAGAGGGAAGAGAGGAACAGGAAGUGAAAGUAGAGCCACAACUAUUCAACAUCUCGUCUUCUUCCUCCUCCAUCCCCUCCUCCAUCCCCUCCUCCAUCCUCUCCUCCAUCCCCUCCUCCACUUCCAGCCAAGAGCAAG